AGGAGUAUCUUCCUUGUCCACCGCAGCCCACACACCGACACACAACUAAACAGAGCCCCAAAUGCCAUCGUGGGUCUGCCCCGAGUGCGAGUACGAAAACGAAGAGGAGGACACGGCGUGUGCCGCGUGUGAGGCGGAGCGCCCGGUCGGCGCCGCUUCUGCGGCAGCGGACGACGACGACGACGACGCGUACAGGCGCAUUCGCGUCGGGGUCGUGAUGGAGUGCGAGGAGGCGCCCAACACGAAGCUGAAGCGGCUGAAGGUGGACGUCGGCGAGGGGGAACCUAUUCCGGUGGUAACCGCUGCCACCAACGUGAAGCCGGGCGACCACGUCGUGGUGGCCUGCGUGGGGGCAGAGGUGAAGGGCGAGACGGUGGCCAAGACGACAGUGAGGAGCUUCCCCUCGCAGGGUAUGCUGUGUGAUGCGGGGAUGCUGGGGUGGGUGGGCGGUGGUGCGGGGGCGGCGGUGGUUCUGCCCGCGUCUUUUGCGCCUGGCACGCGUCCACCAACCAGCCGCCCUCGCGGUGAUGCGGCAUAG